AUAGGGGAAAUGGCUGUUCUGAUGAUGAUUUUGAAAAUGCUUCGGUGUGUUUGUUAUCCGGUUUUAAUGGAGAAACGCGUCUCAUUGUUAAUACAGUUUUGAGGAUACAUGGGCAAACGGCCAGUGACUAGAACUUAGAGCUUCGUGAAUGAAUACAGCACUCCGUGUGCCCAUCAAUGAGUUUAUUUUAGGCUCUCUGGUCCUCAGCUAAUGUAUGUUAGCUAGGUUACCUUAUACUGGAAGGCAAGAAGCUGCUAAGUAUGUGAGCUUAUUGUAAGUCCAAUAUCCCUUCAUAGACGUAAGGAUGUUUUUACAAAAUUCUGUUGUAGUCCACAAGAGAUUGUGAUAUAUAUGUUGAUUAUUUGGAGAUAGAAGUCUGCUUUGAUUUCGCUGUAGUGAACGUUAUAUAAGGUUGUUUGGGUAAUUAGCCUGGAUUUCUUCAGAAAACGAGCCGUCUAUUAGGGAAGCAUCUGUGGACAUUCGGUAAUAGCAUUUUAAGGAUGAGAAAGUUGUUGAACAUCGGUUAAUUUUGAAUUUCUUUGGAUUACGUCGGAAGCUGACAGCACUGAAAACAAAGGCAUGACUACUGCCCUGGAGAUGUCUGAGCCUAGCAGUCCUCAGUCUUUCUUGGUAGAGCCUGACACUCCUGGUCCAAUGAAUCGUGCCUGUUUAAUAGACGACAGCAAUUUGCUUAUGGAGGACAGUGAUGGUGAUUGCAACAACCUCAGUUCUGUAACAGUACCUGAAACACCCAGUCCUCUCUGCCUCAGAAGGCGAGUGCAGCUACAUGAAACAUGGACUGAAACGGGGGCUCCGCCCCUGAACUUGGACAGUAGGUGUAACGCUGAUGACAAGUCUUUGGCUGAUGCCCUGUGCACUACCCCAACCUCACAACAGAAAUGCAAGCGCCGCAGAAUAGUUCAGGAAACCCCCAUCUCUGAGGUGGCGAAACCCAACCGCUAUGGGAGUAGUGGUUUUGUACCAGCCUCAAAAUUAAUGCAAACAUAUGCCCCCUGGCUUGAAGUCCCUCGCCCUUCAGCUUCUUUUGCAUCAGCAUCGUCGUCUUCCAUCCUUCACCAAAGUGGGCCAUCCAGUUCAGACAGCAGAUAUGUAGAUGAGACUUCAUGCCGAUCAAGAUUGGGACCGGCAAUGGAUUCCACAGAGCAGCCCAGAGCACAAAGAGCCAAUAGAAAGAGGGAAAGACCAUCUAAGAGUGCUUCCUCAACCAUAAGUAGCUCGCUGUCUAAAUACACAAAGACCACAGAUGCUGAGAUGUCCUACCCUCCUACUGCCUUCUUUCACUGCAGAGGUACAGCCACAGAGACACAGCCUAGGCCUUUGCUUCCAUCACCCCAACAGAAACAAGAGGAGAUAGUCAUCAUUGAUGAUGAUGAGGAUGAUGUUAUAGUGGAGGCCAUGGUUCGGUCCGUUCAAUUGGCUGAGGAUGAAGCAUUUGCCAGAAGCCUUCAGGAACAGUUUGACCGAGAGGAACAGCAACAACAACAGCAACAACAACAGCAACAGCAGCAACAGCAGCAGCUGGAACAAAGGAGGCAACAAGCAAUGCAUUCAAAUACAUAUCAGUCUAACCACAGGUAUGAUCCAUAUGGAGGUAUGGGUUGGAUGCCUUCAUGGUCUCACAUGGGAGAUGCUUCUGGCUUUGCUUACAUUUCUCCCACCCUAGCAGAGUUACAGCAGGCCAUGUUCGCUGAACCAUCAGGAAGACACGCCGGCCACCGCAUAAAUACACGCGCUCGUCCCCGCUCACGCAGACAAGGGCAACAUCUACCACUGGAUUUAUUUAAUGACAGCCAGGGAAACAACUAUGAGGCUCUGUUGGCUUUUGAAGAGGGUCAAGGUUCAGCAAUACCCAAAAAUGUGUUGACCAAGAGGGAGAUCGAGAGGCUUCCCACAAAAGCCUACAACCCUGCACACAGUGCGGGGAAGACGGAGUGCCAGAUCUGUUUUUGUGAAUACACAGAGGGGGAGCAAUUGAGAAUGCUACCUUGUCUACACGACUACCAUGUGAAAUGUAUAGACCGCUGGCUAAAGGAAAAUGUCACCUGCCCAAUCUGCAGAGCGGAUGUGUCACAGACGUCUAAUUAGCUCAGGACUCAGGAAGCAGUGUCUACCUCACAGCUGGACAGUGUGACUGGGAUGUAGUCCUUUUACAUUUGUCUGAGCAAUAGAGUUAUUUUUAGAUAGUAACAACCUUGGUCUGGUUACCUUAGUGCUCAAAACAUUUUCCCACACUGCGACACAACAUUUUAACCACUGUAUUUGACUUAUUCUGCUAAUAAAACCAUUCCAUGUUGUUUA